GUUUGUUUUGUUUACGUGCGAAAAUUAUCAACAUUUUUGCGUGAAAUCGUGUUGCUGUAAAAUUUUCUAAGAUUUUAUAAUUGAAUAGCAAUGAGUGAUGCCGAAGAAUCGUCUAGGAAACGUGCUCAAAAUGGAGACGAAUCCGAGGAAGAUGACGAAUGGAUCGGGCCCUUGCCCUCCGCAGCGGCACCACCAAAAAAGAGAAAAGUGCUGCAGUACGAAAAGCUCUACCUGGACAACCUGCCGAGCACGGAAUGUUACGAGAAGUCGUUCAUGCACCGGGACACUAUCACCCAUCUGGUGGUGACCAACAAGACCGAUUUCAUCGUGACUGUCAGUUCAGACGGGCACGUCAAGUUCUGGAAGAAGAUGGAGCACGGCAUCGAGUUCGUAAAGCACUUCCGGAGCCAUCUGGCGCCGAUCAACGCGCUGGCGGCCAACAGCGCCGGAACGUACCUGUGCACGGUGUCCGUGGACAAGAACGUGAAGGUGUUCGACGUGAUCAACUUCGACAUGAUCAACAUGAUCAAGCUGGACUACGUGCCAUACCGGGCGGAGUGGAUUCACAACACCGGAGAUGCCAUCGCGUACUUGGCGGUAUCGGACCAAGAUUCGAACAAGAUCAACAUUUACGACGGUAAAGGCACUAACACACCAUUGCAUGUGCUCGAUAAGCUGCAUACCAAACCGGUGGUUCUGAUUAAAUACAAUCCCGUGUACGAAAUGACCAUAUCCAUCGACAAGGCCGGAAUACUGGAGUAUUGGUUGGGAGCUCGUCAGGAUUUCAAGUUCCCCUCCAAGCUUGUGAAUUUCGAGUCGAAGCUGGACACCAGUUUGUACGAGUUUGCCAAAAACAAAACGGUCGUCACCUCGUUGGCAUUCACCCAGGACGGUAAGAAGUUUGCCACGGUAUCCACCGACAGGAAGGUGAGAGUUUUCGGUCUGCUGUCCGGCAAGUUGCUGAGAGUUUACGAUGAGAGCUUAGCUCGGUACAGCGAAAGUCAGCAGCUGUCCCAGGCGCUGUCGAACAUGGAAUUUGGACGAAGGAUGGCCAACGAGCGGGAUUUGGAAAAGUCCGAUUCGUUCCAUUUGAUGAACAUCACCUUCGACUACAGCGGUCAUUUCAUCAUGUAUCCAACGAUGUUGGGUAUCAAACUGGUCAACAUCGAAACGAGCAAAUGUGUGAAGAUUAUUGGCAAAAAUGAUAACUUGCGGCCGCUGAAUUUGGCGUUGUUCCAGGGUCGCGUUAAGAAUUCGAAGGCAGCAAUAACGUUAGAGCAUGAGGCUUCUGAUAAUCCUAUCAUGCAGUCGGCAGUGAAUGAUCCCACGCUUUUUUGCACUGCUUACAAAAAACAGCGACUCUACCUCUACAGUCGAAGGCUACCAUCAGAUCUCCAGGACGCAGACCGCGACGUGUUCAACGAGAAACCUUCCAAAGAGGACAUCAUUUCCGUUACCGAAGGACAAGGUUCGCAGAAAUUGUACGAUCACGCGGUCAUCCACACCACCAUGGGGGACAUCCACAUGCGUCUGUUCGGCAAAGAGUGUCCCAAAACGGUGGAAAAUUUCUGUGUGCACACCAAGAAUGGCUACUACAAUGGACACAUUUUCCAUCGGGUUAUUAAGGGUUUCAUGAUUCAGACGGGCGAUCCCACGGGAACUGGUACCGGUGGACAGUCCAUCUGGGGUGGAGAGUUCAAGGAUGAGUUCUGCUCUACGUUGAAGCACGAUCGACCGUACACGGUCAGUAUGGCCAACGCGGGUCCGAACACUAACGGAAGUCAGUUCUUCAUCACGGUGUUGCCAACGCCCUGGUUGGACAACAAGCACACCGUGUUCGGUCGCGUUCACAAAGGGAUGGAAGUGGUGCAGAACAUCUGCAACAGCAAGACCAACCCAAAAACCGACAAACCCUACGACGAGAUUCGGAUAAUAUCGAUCAAUCUUUCGUAAUGGCGGUAAGUGCAACAACUCAUAACAAAUUUUAUUCUACUUAGUAGUAAUGGUAGCGUCUAAUGGUUAAGAAUAUUUAAGUAAGGAAAUAAAUUAUUGUACUUGAUUGUA